GAGAAUGGACUAACUUGUGUAAGCUCCUGAAGACAAGACAAUUGUAGAUUGGCAUGAGAUGGAGCCUAGCGCCAGGCCCGAUUUAGCAGCAGCAUUUCGUCAUCGUCAGCUGCUGUGGCUCCUUCAUGUGAUGCUGGCCAUCACGUGACAGACCCCUGCCUUUGAUGCCGAAAUGAUGCUCAAACUCGACUCCGACGCUAUUGUUUCUAGCGUUGCACCAUCAUGCCCAUUCUGGGUAUCAACCUCAGUCUCUUCGCGAUCCAUCUGUGACUCUUGUCCCGCGCAUAUUAUUUUGCUCGUCACAUUCCUUUGCCCUGCUGCAGCAUCUCGAGAGCCCAAUCAUCCGAGUCGCCGCCCCCUGCGUGUCGUAGCCUUGCCGAAUCCCCUCUCGCUUGUGCAAUCUCCAUCUCUGCCUGACGCCGUAUUACUACCGCGCCGACGACAAAUCUGCCGCCCCUUGGAGCCGCUCCCGCGGCAUUCCAACUUGUUCGCCCUUGAUGGCGACUACGGACUUUAUCGCAGAGGCUCACGAUGGCCAAGCACAGCAACGGCGAAGACCAUUCUCGACAUGGGUCAAGAAGCUCACCAACUUCAAGUCAUCGUCGGACGGCGAGCGGCAGAAACGACACAUACGGAUACGGCGUGGUCCCAAGCUCAACAACCCAUAUCCUCAGUCUGGGCACGUCAGCCACAACCAUGCCAACGGCCAGAGCUCGUAUUCGUUCGCUACUGGCCGCACCGACUGCAGCCUCUCUACGCUCGAUCAGCCAACUCGGUUUUCGGCGGAUGGAUAUGCACCACCGACUGCAGGCAGGAGGAGUUUAACCACGACGAUAUCGACCGAGACCGAACCGGACCGCCCUCGAUCCGUCAUCGCGCCGAGUCGCGCGCCGAGCUCUGUGACGGGAACAAGCAGGACAGUUGGAGGAGGACAAGAAUCCAGAAGAGGCGGCGAUAGCACAUUUUCAAGCCCGUCUCCAUCGGUCAGGUCCCUCGCUACGACGUUAACCACGAUUCAAUCUUUUGCCCCCCAUGGACAGGCCCCGGUGGCUCCCACUCACAGCAUCACUCAGUCAAUCCAGUUCAGCCAGCCAUUCCCUACGGCAUCGCCGGCAUCGGCUAUACCAGCGCAUCUCAUCCCGGCGAACCACCUGACGACGUACACUACGGCCACGGCCAACAACCUCCUUACAGACAACGCAUCCAUUCUGACUCUAGCUUCGUCGAGCAAGCGAGGCCGCCGUCGAUCGAUGGAUACCGAUGCGUCUGUCCGCGCUCUCGCUCCAUCAUCGCUCUGGGGCGGCAGCCGCGAAAGUCUGCCCCUGAGCGUCCUCAGCGCCAACAUCGACCCUUCAUCCAGCCUUCACAACGCUUCCAGGCUGGGCGCAGAGCGGAACAGCAUAUACUCUGCAACUGGAGUUGCCCCAGCGAUCCCGAGCGAGCGCAACAGUCUCUAUGCUAAGCAGGGCGACGGUGCAAGCGUUAGGAGUGGCCGCUUGGGACACGGCCGACCCGACAGUAUAAGCGGCAGCGUUGCACUCGCCAGCCCCCGAGAGGAGAGCCAGCUAACACCGACUUCCAAGGAGGAUUAAACCUGCAACAUUCGUUUUGAGCCGCCCUCUUUUAUUGUUUUAGUAUCAGGCGUUUUGGGGGAGAACCGUGUCCGCAUUCAUUAGACGGGCUUAUAUACACGCGACUGGGUCAAGAACGGGUUCUUUGCUUUUUUUCUUUUGCUUCUGCGGUCGUUUUGUCUUCCUUUUCUCUGCGUUUCAUUUUCUUUUUUACUAUUUCAAGCCGGAGGGGUAGAGACUUCAAAGAUGUGGCAAACGUGAUACCCUUUAACAUACGACAAAUUGCAAGUGGUUUUUUUAUACUUAUCUGUUGUUUCCUCCUUCUUUCGUGUAAAGAGCUGAGCACAACGAGUGGAAUCUCGAUGU